AUGAUUUUUUAUCAUAUUUUCAUAUUUCUGCUCAUUCCUUUUGCUCUUUGUCAAAACAAAACUUGUAAAACAACAUGUGGCACAAAACCUUGUAAUGAAUUGGUCAAAAAAUUCAAAGAAAAUCGGAAUACUUCAGUGAAACCUUGCGAUGAUUUCUAUGAAUUUGCAUGUGGAAAUUAUGAUAACAAAAAGAAGGUUCCCGAAUAUCAAAGAUAUCAAUCAACAAUGCAAGAAAUGCAGAAUAAAAUUGAUGAAGAAUUGAUUAAAUUACUGGAAUCCAAGAAAAAUGGAACGGGUCCAACAAAAGCUUUUGAUUAUGUUCAGAAAGUUUAUAGAUCUUGUUUGAAUGAGCAACAUAAAAAAGAGCUAGACAAAAUGACAUUGGGAAAAAUGAUCAGAACGAAAUUUGGCGAUUGGAAUUUGUUGAAGAAGAAAAAUGAGAGCCAAAAUGAAAUUGAUACAUGGGAAAUUCUAGCUGGAAAUUUAUCGAAUUAUGAUAUUCAUACGAUUAUUAAACCGUUUCUUUGGACAAAAAUCGAUGGAAGUCCUGCUAAUAGUUUGAUGAUUGAUACAUUUCAAAGUUCACUUGAAGAUAAGGAAGAGUUUACGAAACGAGAGAAUUCAACAGCUCUUCCAAUUUAUCGAAAAUUUAUUAUGGGAACUUUGGAGGUUCUUGGAAUUCAAGAUAAGAAAGUUGUUGAUGAUAUAAUCAACUUUGAAACUGAAUUAGUUGCAUUAAGUUCAAAUACAAAUACAAAUACAACUGGUAACUUCACUGAUGAUGGAAUUGAAAUCACUUUUGCUGAACUCAAGGAUCGCUAUCCAACAAUAAAAUUUGAUUUAUAUUUCAAUCAGAUUAUGCGAGAUGGUUUGCGAGGAGAAUUCAAUGAUUCACUCAAAAUUCAAGUGGUAAAUCCAGAUUAUUUGAUGGGGUUGGAAGAUCUAUUGAAUGUGACUUCAGUGGAGAUAAUUAAGAAUUAUAUGAUGUGGCGAUAUGUGGCGAGUAUGGUGAAAUAUAUGAGUAAGAAAUGGAGAGAUCCGAUGAGUGAGAUGUAUAAAGAAUUGUAUGGAUCAGAUGAAGGAAUGGUGAGUUUUGGGAAUUAUUUAUCGCUAGAAAUAUAUAUUUUUCAGUCAUCAACAAAUGUGACGUGUAUGCUUUUUGUUCGGGAAAAACUGUGGCUUCCUUUGGCCCAUGAAUUCUUGAAAACCUACUUCACCGAAGAAGAUCGAAAACUUGUUGAAGAGAUGAGAGAACAUCUGAAAGUCGCGUUGCAGUUUGAAAUUAGUGAUGCGGAAUGGCUUGAUUUGGAAACAACGCAAUUGGCAUUGGAGAAAUUGGAGAAAAUGAAGAGUAAUAUUGGAUAUCCGGAUAAGAUUAAGGAUAAGAAUGAGAUCAAUAGACCUUUUGAGAAUAUGAGCAUUUCGGAGGAUUUUUUUGAUUAAUGCGAUGAGAGUUCACAAAAUGGUGUUUUUGUGAGUUUUUUAUUUGGAUUGUUGGCUUGGAUUUGGCCUAGAAGCUCUCGAUACGAGUCCUAGAAAAUUAGGUUUUGAAGGCGCGGCUUCUUGAGACCUAAGAGUUCUAGUAGGCAGUGAUCCUUGGUUGAAAUCUCGAUGCGUCUCCUAGGCAAUUAGGCUGUUAAGGUGAGGCUACUAGAGACCUGGGAUAUCUAGGCGCCGAUCCUUGCCAAUUGAACUUUCUAGGUUCAGAUACUUGCCAUAUGGUCUCUCAAGACGCGGCUGCUUGCCAGGGUUGGAAUCUCGAUGUGUCGCCUAGACAAUAAGGCUCUUAAGGUUAGGCUACUAGACACCUAGGCGACGUCGUCGGUUUGGCUACUUGACACAGAAGCUCUCAAGGCGCGGCUUCUUGUUACAUAGAGUGGGAGUCUCGAUGCGGACUCUAGAAAAUUAGGUUCUCAAGGCGCGCCUUCUUGAAAUCUAGUGUUUUCCAGAGAGGACCUCUAUCGAAUCAAAGACAACCGAGAACUACCUUGGGCUCGUUAUUCAGUCGAAGUCAAUGCCUUCUACGACCUCUACACAAACACAGUGAUCCUUCCAGCCGCAAUUUCUCAUUUUCCACUUCUAGUCAGAGAUGCCCCAGAUGCCACGAAUUAUGGAUCGUAUGGUUCAGCAAUUGGACAUGAGAUGACACAUGGUUACGAUCAUCAAGGAAAAGGUUUUAAUGAAUAUGGAGUUCCGAAGAAAUGGUGGGAUAAUUUGACAGCGACGAAAUAUGCGAAUCGAACCAAUUGUUUUGUUGAACAGUAUGGGAAUGAGACGGAAGUUUUGAGCGGAAAAAAUGUUGAUGGGACAUUGACACUUGGGGAGAAUAUUGCGGAUAAUGGAGCAUUGCGGAUUGCGUGGAUGGCAUAUAAGGAGAAGCUGAAAACAUCGCAAAAUCGACCGAAUUUGAAAGGGAUGGAAGAUUAUACAAGUGAUCAAUUAUUCUUCAUUGCUUAUGCGAAUGUGAGUUAUUUUUCGUUUUUCCUUAUAAUCGUUAGUGUUCCUUUGCAGAACUUCUGCCAAGUUAACACAAAAAUUGGUGUUGAACAUUAUCUGAAAACGAAUCCUCAUACUCCAGGAGGUUCUCGAAUUAACAUUCCACUCAAGAAUUUCGAAGCGUUUGCUGACACUUUUGGAUGUCCGAUGGAUGCGCCGAUGAGAUUGAACGAGGAUGAGAUUUGUAGAAUUUGGUGA